GCAAAACUAAUCAUGUGACCACUGAAUGCCCCUUGAUCAUUGGAUGUUAAUUUUGUUUACUUCCGGUAGUAGAGGUCACAUCGGUUUUCAGUUUUUCGCUUCGUUCUACGUUGACGUCAAGGUGCUUAUUACUGCAAAAAAGAUUAUACAUCAGAUUGUAUAAUGUCAGACGAUGAUUUAAUAGGCCCUGCUUUGCCCCCGUCGUUCAGAAGGAGUAGCAAUGACGACUCUGAUGAUGAAGACGGAUGUCUGCUACCUAAUCGGGCCUGCACCUUCCCCAACAGUUGCAGGGCCUGCCCUGCCUCCGGGGUACAAACCGGAAUUGCUCUCGAGUUCUGAGGAUGAGUUCGUGCUGGAGGAGGUAGCGGUACUCAAAAGACGAGAGAAGACGAGCAGCGAGCAUGACACGAGCAGCGGACACGGGACGAGCAGGGAUGGACCCACCACGGAAAAACAGCGCAGGGUGGAAGAGAGAGUUAGUAGAAGGACUGCAGAUGAUGAAGACGAGGAUGGCUUCUUCGGGCCAGCUCUUCCUCCUGGGUUCUCCAAACCACAGGCUUCACCAGAGAGGCCAGCAGUUUUGGGGCCUGCCCUGCCCCCAGGCUUUUGCAGACUAGCAGCUGAUGGUGAUGAAGAUGAAGAUGAUUUCCCUGGUCCAGCCCUUCCCCCGGGUUACACUGCAGACAACUCAAGCAGCGAUGAAGAGGUUAUCGGGCCCAUGCCAGCACAAGGUGCCAUCCAGGACUCAGUGACUCUGGAUAUUGAACGCAGAGCGCAGAAGAUGAAGGACAGACUGAUGGGAAUAAAUGAUGGUCCGGAAGAGGUGGCCAGAGAGACCUGGAUGACAGAGCUUCCCCCCACACUGCAACACAUCGGCCUGGGCGCCAGAACCUUCAAGAAGCGGGCCGGACCAGAGAGCAAGGACCGAUCGCUCUGGACUGACACCCCCGCUGACCGGGAACGCAAACUCAGGGAACGCCUAGAGGGUAAGAAGAGUGAAGAAAAAGAGCCUGUCCCUCAACUGUCUUACAAAGAGUUACAGAUGGCUGAGAAAGUGUCAAAGUACAAUGAAACCAAGCGUGGCGAGUCUCUCAUCAGCCUCCACGAGAAGAAGAUGAAGAAGAGGAAAGCGGAUGAGGGAGCCAAGCCAGUGGAGAGACGGGCAUUUGACCGUGACACAGACCUGCAGGUUAACAAGUUUGAUGAGGCUCAGAAGCAGCGUCUGCUGAAGAAGUCCCAAGAACUCAACACACGCUUCGGACACAGCAAAGAGAAAAUGUUCCUCUGACAGCCUCAACAAAGGAUGCAGCCCAGCAAUAGCUGUUAUAGUCCACCUGACCCAGUUAUUGAUGGGAACGUUCCGGGUUCAUGUCAAGGCAGUUAAACUGUGGAGCGCCCACCUUUUCAGAAGUUGCAUAUCUAGAGUUCUCCCAGAUGGAUAGGAUUAAAUGCAUAUAAAGUAAUGAGUAGAACAUGAUUCCCCAUUAUUUGUCAAAUCUAUUCAUUAUAUUUCUAUAAAAUUGUUCCAAGAUGACCAGAUUACAUUGUAGUGAAUGUGGUCAGAGCUGUACAGUUGGUGUAGGAAUAACUUGUAUUGUUUGGCACUGCUCUUCUUCCUGGGGUAUGUUGGUUUUGCAGCCCUACCUGUGGUGCGAUGGAUUCCAUGUUUUUAUCAUUUAGCCGCUGUUUUGUGAGAUGCAAUUAUUUUCAUAUGUAUGUGAGUUGGUUGAUAAAACAUUUGAAAAAGUU